GCCCAACCACAACGUCAGGCCGUGACUCAGCCCCGCAGGAUACGGCCCCGCGUCCGCCCCGGCCCUUCAUAAAGCGGCGGAGCCGGCAGCAGCCCCACAGCGCCCGACGCCAUGGCCGCCCUCGGCCUCCUCCUCCUCCUCCUCGGCGCCGCUGUGGUGGCGCCGGAGCCCAUGGUACAGGAGAGGCUGGUCCUGCAGCACCCCCACAUGGAGCAGUUGCUGCAGGAGGAGCUGCCCCCCCCCUCGCUCCCCGACAUCCUGGCGGGGGGCGCCGCCCCCGUCCCCGGCCGUGUCCCCACCGUCUGGGCCAACACCCUGGACGGUUUCCCCCCCGCCUGGCCCGAGGCCGCCGCCGUCUCCCGCCACUGCCGCCAGCCCCCGCCGCCCGCCCCGGCCCCCCAGCUGCCCCCCAACGCCUUCGCCCACCUGCGCCGGCAAGCGGCCGCGCUCGACGCCUUCCGGCCCCGCCUCGACACCUGCUGCCGCCACCGCGCCCCGCUGCCCUGCGCCCGCCACGCCUGGAAGGACGUGCUGGAUAACUUCUGCACCGAUGAAUUCGGGGUGAAGACGCGGCAGUUCCACUGCUGCCACCAGCACGGCGCGGCGCGCCGCCGCUGCUUCACCCAGGACCCCGACGGCGCCGAGGCCGCCGCCGCCGCCGUCGUGGCGGCCUGGGAGCCCACCGGCAAGGCACCCUUCCCCCCCGGCGAGCCCACCGCCGCCAACAUGGAGAACAUCUGCGGGUUGCGGGAGCUGCGGCUCGGCCCUCCUGGCCCCGCCGAUCCCCGCGGCCGGCUGCACCUGCGCCUGGAGCGCGACUACGGCCGCUGCUGCCGCAACGGGAGCCUCGCCUGCGCCCACAGCGCCUGGCAGAAGGGGCUGGAGCGGUUCUGCCGGGAGGAGGCGACGGUGAAGACGAGGCAGCACCGGUGCUGCCAGCGCGGGGCGGGUCGCGCCCGCGUCCGCUGCUUCGCCGCCAUGGCCCCCCACCCCGCCUAUGACCGGGAGCUGCACAACGUCAGCCUGGUGCUGCCCGGCCCGGCGCUGCUGCGCACCCUCUGCGGGCCCACCCGCCUGCUCACCGACAGGCGGCCGGUGCCGGAGCUGCUGGGGGCCGUGACGGCCGCGUGCUGCCCGCUGCCCCCCGAGGAGCAAAGCACCUGUGCCCAGGAGCAGCUGUCCCAGGGCAUCGCCACCCUCUGCGCCACCCCGCAGGACGCCUGGCGCGACCCCCAGGGGUGCUGCUCGCGGGGGGACCCCGAGCGGCGCCGCUGCUUCGACACGGCGUACCUCGGCCAGGUGCCCCUGGGGGCCGCCGUGGCCCCCCCCGCCCCUCAGCCACGAUGAGUGACCCCCCCCCACCCCCUCCAGACCCCCCCCCUCGUGCCAAGGGAGGCAAUAAAGGUGCUGUGGCGUCA